UGAUGCUGGCGCGCUGAAUUCUGGGCACUUCUCCUCGCUUGGUCCUCCCAACUUCGUUCAUUCUCAUCCUACCUUCUCUCCGUUUGGAAAAAUGGCUGCUUCAGAGGCAGCGAAGGGCUCUAGCUCCGGUCUUUGCCCGAGCUUUGCGGUGGUCUGCUCUUUCUUGGAGCGAUAUGGAGCAGCUUUGGACCUGCCGGAGUUGACUUUCCCGCAAAUGGAGAGGUAUCUUCGGGAGACAUCGACAGUUCCUAAACCUCUCGUGGAGCUUCACGUGAAGUUGCUGCGGAAGCUGGGCAAGUCAGUGACAGCUGACAGAUGGGAGAAGUACCUGGCGAAGUUAUGCCAGGACCUUAACAGCACCUGGGCCUGGGAGUUGGAACAGAAGGGUUACCAGGAGAUGACCAUGGAGUGCAAGUCCUGCAUCCUCAAAUACCUGUGCGAGUGUCAGUUUGACGACAACCUCAAGUUCAAGACAACCAUCAACGAGGAGGAGCCUGAACGCAUGCGGCUGCAGCCGAUUGGCCGGGACCGGCAGGGGCUGAUGUACUGGCUGCAGCUGGACCAGGAGCAGAACGUCAGGCUGUACACCGAGGAGCAGGACGACACAGACGGGACCACCUGGAGAUGCAUCGUCAGGACCAGGAACGACCUGGCCGAGGCUCUGGAGCUUCUCAAGUCCCAGGUUGACUUUGGUCCGGCGGAGGGAGAGAAGCAGGCAGGCUCCACCAGCACCAGCCCCCUGGAAGGCAAGGAGGGUGAGACGGAAGACGGCAAGAAGGCACCCGGCGACGGCUCUGAGGACGACGACAGGAAGACAGGGAAGCCGAGGGUGGGCCCCUGUCCCGGGGCCACCAGCCUGGAGAACCCAGACGCCCACAGCACAACACACGCCGUGGUGAAGACGGAGCGCGGCGCCGCGGUGAAGACAGAGGCGUCCGUGAAGCAGGAAGAGGCCGACGUCGAGAUGAAAGAAGAGAAGGCGGAGAGCGGCGACAGAGAGGAAGAGGGCGCGGACGGCUCACCGCAGGUCGUCGUCGACAACCGCGUGAGCACCAUCACCGCCGUCCUAAAGGGCGAGCUGAAAGAGGCCGACGCCCUCAGCAACGCCGUCUCCGUUGUCAUGGCGCCCGGCUCGGCCACAGCACAGGAAGUCCCGCCUGCCAAGGGGACGGAGAACAGGAAGGAGGGGGAAGUUGACAGAGCCCUGAAGAGCAACCAGCAGGCCAAGAUACCCCUGAAGAAGAGAGAGCUGUUCGGGAACCGCCACCAUAGCAACCAUCACAACAACAAUAGCAGAAACAACAACAACAACAGCAGCAGUAUUAUUGUCCGUAACCCUUCAGUGACACAAACCAAGGAGCCUCAGGUGAAAGAGGAAGAUGCGCUAUGCCCUGAGGAAGGCAGGGGCUUAGCUCCUCCCCUCAGCCAGCCUGUCUCCAAACCAGAGGACAGUGUGACGAGACGCGAACUCACCAACGGCCGACCGCUGAUCACACACUCGGACUGCCAGAACGGAGUGGUCGGGGUCAUAGGUCAAAUAGGAGUGAUAGGUCACGUAGGGGUUAUCCGAGGCCCUCCCGACCGCCUGAGGUCGCCCCCGGAGCCGGAAGGAGGAGCGGGGUCAAAGGAGAGGAACGGCCCCAGUUCGGACGUCACGAGAGCUGGGACCCCCCUAGCGGGUGGGGAGGGAGAGCCCCCAGGAGAGAAGAGCCAGGAGAGGGAGACGAGCAGGCAGUCCGUGCUGGUGAGGAAGAGUCCUGAGACCCAGGCGACCUCCAGGGAGACCGAGAGAGCCCCGAGCCUGGAGUCUGGAGAGAGGCCUGGGGACGGGGCAGAGGGGGCCCGGCCUGUCUGCCCUCCGGCCCAGAGCGAGCCAGCGACGCAAGAGAGACGAGAGGAGAAGGGUGUGGCUGUGGGUGGCACUGUGGGAAAGACGGAUGACGAGGACAAAGAGGGGGGGGAGAAGGUGGAGAGUACUGAAGGAUCUGUGUGCCUGGUCACGGCGGAGGGAGAGGAGAUCAAGAGCAUCUCCAAAGAGACUGAGUCGGAGACCAAACCCAGUGUGCCUGUGGAAGGCCAGGAGAACCAGGGGGAGGCACCCAGCGGUGAGGCUGGAGCCCAGGCUGGGGUGAAGAGAGCUGGGCAGCCGGUGGAGGAGCUGCAGGGUCGCCAGAAGGCCUCAUCAGAGCUCCAGAAGGAAGGGAUCCGACUCAAGAUCAAAAUUCCCCCUCACCAGAGAAGUGCUGUGAGGGACAAAGACAAGGAGAAGGAGAAGGAGAAAGAGGAGGAGAGGGAAGAGGAGAGGGAGGAGGAGGCACAGGGUGACGGCAGAUCCCUCAGGAGGUCAGCUAGGAUCUGCAGGCCCAGCACAAAGCUGGUGGAAAUCCGGGACAAGAAACAGAACAAGAAGCAGGACGAUGAGGAGGAGGAGGAGGAGGACGAGGAGCAGAAGGCAGUCCUGAAGAAAGACAAGAAAACAGACCCUGAUGGAACGAGUGGGACUACAAAGGCCAGACGGAGACACCGCCGGCCCCGGUGGUCCAACCCUCGUUCCAAGAGACGCAAACUGGACGAGGGGGGCGCGGAGGCGGAGGGGGGGAAAAGAAGAGAGGAGGGGAAAGAGAGCGAGGACGGCAGCGACUCGGACGCCUCCAGCCAAUCAGAGGAAGCGCCCAACGAGGACCCCUGCAGUCACUGCGGUCUCCCCAACCACCCUGAACUGAUCCUGCUGUGUGACUCCUGUGACAGUGGCUACCACACCGCCUGUCUACGGCCCCCUCUCAUGAUCAUCCCGGACGGAGAGUGGUUCUGCCCGCCAUGCCAACACAAGCUACUGUGUGAGAGGCUUGAGGAACAGCUCCAGAAUCUGGACAGCGCUCUGAAGAAACGAGAUAGAGCUGAGAGGAGGAGGGAAAGGCUGGUGUACGUAGGGAUCAGCGUGGAGAACAUCAUCCCUGAGGGUGACGAGGAGGAGGAAGAAGAAGAAGAAAAAUCAGAGAAGAAGAAAGACACAAAGAAGAACAAGAACCUGGGGAGGAGGUCGACCAGAACCAGGAAGAGCAUCAGCUACAGGUUCGAUGACUUUGAUGACGCCAUCGAUGAAGCCAUCGAAGAAGAUGCGGGCGAGGGAGACGCAGGAGGAACGGGGCGAGGCAAGGACAUGGCCAACAUCCUAUCAGAGGAGGGGAAGGAUCCAGUCAGAUCCCAGGCCGCGUCCUCCAGGAACAGGAAGAGGCGGAGACUGAACGACCUGGAGAGUGACAGCACGGCUGCUGAGAGUGAGGACGAGUUCCAGCUCAGCAGCAGUUCGGAGGAGGAUGAGUUUGCUGCGUCGGGGGAGGAGGAUGACGAUGCGGGCAGCGGGGCGGAACUGGGCUCAGACGCGGGCAGCGACGCGGGCAGACCCAGCCACAGGCGGGCACUGAGACGGACACCUAAACACAGACCCAGCAGGAACCAGAGGAGGGGCAAGAAGAGGCCCCACACACGCAGGAGGGGCUCCUCCGAGGAGGAGGAGAGCGACGAGGUUUUGGACUCUGAGCGGUCCAGUGACAUCAGUGACAGUGAUGGGGACAGGAAGAGGCGGGGUUUGAGGCGGAGCCAGAGGCAGCAGGUGAAUUACCGCGAGACGUCAGAGUCGGACAAUUCCCAGAAGUCCACCAAUAAAGACAAGGCCAAGCCACGCCGACGCCUCUCCAGCUCCUACAGUGAGGAAUCUGCCUUUUCCAAAGAGUCUGAGGAAGAGGAGGAGGAAGAAGGAGAAAAGAAGAGGAGAAGACUGAAGAGGAGAGGGGAAGAGGAGGAGGAUGUCGGCAAGUACAGGAGGAGGAGGAUGCUGUUGAAAAGAAAGAGAGAAGAAGAGAGGGAGGUUGAGGAGAGAAGAAAGAGACGGAAGAGGAGGCAGAUGGAGGAAGACGAGGAGGAGGAGAAGCGGAGGAGGUUGAAAAGGAGAGGCAGAGAGGAGCAGGGGGAGGAGCAGAUGGGGAGGGGGAGGAGGAGGGAGCUGUUGACUGAACAGCGACGGAAGAGGCUGGCUCUGAUGCUGAAGAAGCGCAGGCCUUCCACGGAGGACGAAGACGACGGCGAUGAAAACGACGAAUCUGAAUCUUCCUCCGAGGAAGAUCGUCCCAUACGCAAACGACUGAACCGCAUUGACUCUGACGAAGAUGACGAGGAGGAGGAAGAGACAAAAAGUAAAGUGGAGAAGGAAUCGACAACCCGACCCUCUCGUGUUUACAGGGACAGUGACGAUGUUCAGGAGAAGGGCCACAAUCUUUCUCCUUCUAAUGGACACCGGGCCUCCAGAGGCCCAGUUACGCCUGGGGAUGGUAGUCCAGCUGUACCCAGGGACAGCACAGAGUCCGGUGGGCACGGCGGGCACAAUGGCCCCUCAGGCUCCGGGGAGCCUGAAGACAGUGACCUGAUGAAAACUGAACAGUCAUGAUAGUAUGUAAAUAAAACUGCCUCUGGUUUUUGUUUAGUCAUAAAACAUUUUUUACUUUCUUGCCUUUCACCAACAACCACCUUUUUAAACUGGAUAUUUUCGUUCCGCAUAUCGUUUCUUCCCUACGCUUGUGGGUGAACACAGGAAGAGCCACGUUUCACUACGCAGUGUCCAGACUUCCUGAGAGGAGAUGUGCUCCGCCCACUGGGACUGUAUUCUUCAGAACCAGAUUUGGGUCCAGUGUGGGUAGUGGAUCUGGACAAGAAGGAGAACUGGGUGUUCUGGACCAAACCCACUUGAACCAGUUGUAGAGCUUCCUGAUCUUGACAGUAUCUUACUCCGCUCUACCGACACACACAUGUACAGUCACCAACACACACGUACAGUCACCAACACACACGUACAGUCACCAACACACACGUACAGUCACCAACACACACGUACAGUCACCAACACACAGCCUGUGAAUGAUUGGCUGCAUCGCCUCCCAGCACACGGCCCUUCGCUGUACGUGAUUGGUCCUCACAGCAUUUCACCCUCCUUUGAUACUAGUGUUCUGGUCUCCAUUGGUCUAACAGAGCUUUUGGACAGAGGCCAGUUUCGCUGUACAUACUUUGCUUGUGAUGCCAUUCCUUGUAAGAUAAUAGAUGUCUGGUUCUAUUUGUUUCCUUGCAAAAUAGUGUUAUAUUUUAUAUAUGAAGGAGAUGAUGAUUGCAACGAGAGGUCUGUCUGGAUGGUUUGCAUCGCUGAUGAGUUUGAGAAAAGCCCUGUGCAGCUUUUUUUGUGCGUGACUAUUUGUGGUGUAUUCAGGAAUAGGAGACUGUUACACGACGGCCCAGAGGGAAAAACAUCAGUCCUGUGGUCUAUCUGAAACGUUCUAGAACAUUCCAUCCCUGGACUGCACCCUAGAUAGGAUCUAUAUUGGUGGGUGGCUUGUAUGAGUGAGUUGGGGGGUCUUUGGGGGG